AUGGUGCAGUACUACGACGUCUUCAGAAAGACUGUAAAGUGGUGGCGCAAGCUAUUCCUGCACCUGUUCAACCUUCUCCUUGUAAACGCUGUCAUUCUCCACCGGAAGUAUGGCAAUAACACGAAGAAGGGUUGUCAUCUCAAAUUCCGGAAGUCCCUAGUCCAUGUCCUACUAGAGGGAGCUGAGAAAAAGACAAGACGAGGAAGGCAGUCCGAACCCUUAGGUCGUUUGACUGGACGUCACUUCCCUGCAUUUAUUCCAGCAAAACAGGGAGCAAAAAGAGCACGACCCCUUAGGAAUUGUGUAGCCUAUAAUGUCAAAGGAGCAGGAGACAACCAUAAAAGGAAACAAACAAGUUAUAUGUGUGUUGACUGUGGUGUUGCUUUAUGUGUACCCGACUGUUUCUCGACAUAUCACACUUACACAAACUACCGACGGGUUCUCAAUCCAAUACCUGAGAACCAAGAUGUCAGUGACACUGACAGCGACGAGUAG